UCUCUUCUGUUGUUGGUGUAGCCCUCAUUGACCUGCCCCCGCCGCAUCACUCCCGAUGGUUUUGCUGCCAGAAGUCUGGACCAUCUCAACAAACAGGAUUCCGUUCAAGAUUGGGCAGCCGAAGAAACAGAUUGUACCCAAGACAGUCGAGAGAGAUUUUGAACGGGAGUAUGGAAAGCUUCAACAGUUGGAAGAUCAGACAAAGAAGCUUCAGAAGGACAUGAAGAAAAGUACAGAUGCAGAUCUAGCCAUGUCAAAGUCUUCUGUGAAAAUUUCAUCCGACCUACUGUCCAAUCCACUCUGUGAGCAAGACCCCAAAUUCCUAGAGAUGGUUAUGGCCUUGGAUACAGCCAUGAAGAGGAUGGAUUCUUUUAAUCAAGAGAAGGUGAACCAAAUCCAAAAGACCGUCAUAGAGCCCUUGAAAAAAUUCAGCAGUGUUUUCCCCAGCCUGAAUAUGGCAGUGAAACGGCGUGAACAGGCUCUGCAGGACUACAAGCGGCUGCAGUCAAAGGUGGAGAAGUACGAAGAGAAGGAGAAGACAGGUCCCAUCCUCACCAAGCUGCACCAGGCACGGGAAGAACUGAGGCCAGUGAAAGAGGACUUCGAGGCUAAGAACAAGCAACUUCUGGAAGAGAUGCCGAAAUUCUACAGCAGCCGAAUUGAUUAUUUCAAGCCCAGUUUUGAAUCUCUUAUCCGAGCUCAGGUUGUAUACUACACUGAAAUGUACAAAAUCUUUGGUGAAUUAACAGAACAGAUUGAUGAGCCUGGCUUAACAGAUGAGCAGAGGGAGAAAGAGAAUGAAGUCAAGCUGAAUGAAUUGAGGGCCCUUUCAAUUGUAGCUGAUGACUGACCUCUCUAAAUCAGAAUAUCUACAAGCUGGCAACUGUUGAAGCUGUGGAAAUCUCCUUUUGCACCACAUUUUCUGAAGAUGGGCCUCUGACUUGCAGAGAUGCUUUCUCGAUCUUAGGGGAUGUAUCUGCAGCAGCCUUCCAAAAACUGAACAUCUGUAUGAAAGGAAGUGCAGCAAAAUUCUCGUCUGUGGCUCUCGUUCUUGAAAGGUCCCCAGCAACUCUGGAAGUGGGAAAUAGCAGGUAUUUGCUAGAAAAUGCUAAAACGUAACCAGUUUAAUUGAUGCUGCUUCCUUUCUUGGUGUAUUGACCAAUGUAUGUAUGUCUUGUGAUGAAGGAAUGUUUUUGGGUGGGAGAGGGUCUGUAAGCUUACAGCUUGCAAUCCCCACACCAUAAGCAAUGUCUUGCCAUCUUACUGAGAUUUUUUUUCUAUAAGGGACACUGUCAAUUUAUAUGUGUUCAUAAACUAGAAAGCUAUAUAACAUGCAUUAGAAUCUAUAGUCAUUGUGAUGUAAUCCAUAGGCAUUUUGUAUGUGGCUCCCUGCAAGAAUAUGUAGAAUUAUAUAAGCGACUACCUGAAUCUGUGUAACCUGUUUCCCAGUACCAGGAAUCACUGUAUUUAGUAGUGGAACAGUUUGCCUAUCUGCUAGCACAGACAGAAGAUUAAACAUAUGAGAGAAUUAUUACGACAUGCCCUUUCUUAGGGAAAGUAUCUCUGGAAGAAAAAUUACCUUCCUCUUGCUUUGGACAGCCCAGAUAUUUUCCUGAUAGUCAUUUCCAGUGAAUCAAAAUGUCAGUUAAAAACAUAGAUUGGGCUUUUUAUAAUUGUAAAUGCUCUUGUAAUCUACAAGUUUAAUUUUAUUUUUGCAAAAAAAAAAAAAAAAAAAGGAAGAAAAACCAAAACCUCCUGAGCCAUUUGUUUUGUCAACACACACCCAUAUCUGCUUGCUCUGGCCUAAAAAGGUUACUCCAAGCAGCAAGGACCUGGCACCCGAGAGCAAGCAGAAUAAUGCCUACGGUAUUAUUCAUUGUUCAGCCUCCUCUUUCAGCUAGAACUCAGAUUGGGGUUGUGGGAGGAGGGGGCCAUGAGCCAUGUUUCUGACAGAACUACUUAAGGUCGACCACGCUACAUAACAUAGGCCACCCUGCCCUCUGUUUGCUAAGAAGUAUGAUGUCAAAUGGCCCCUUGUCUCUCCUUUUUCCUCCUGGUCUACAGCAUAGACACUCAGGUCAUAGUUGAACAAAUCAUCUUAUGGUGGCAACAAGAUUUUAAGGCACCAACUAACAAGUCCUAUAAAUACCAUCGUGACAUUAGUUUAAGAAGCUGUUUCUGGCUGGGAUGAUCCACUGUCAAGUAAUCAUUGUUCCCAGAAGCAGAAAUGGCUCUUAUAUCUAUCUGCUCCCUCGCAACAUGUUAUAUGGUAAGCAUGUCAUUAUCACCACAUAAUAAAUUUCUUUAACAUGUAA